AUGUCUAACACUCCUGACUCCCUCACCACUUACCUCGUAUCGCUACGCCGGUUUACUGACUCUCCUGCCCACAGACUGGAAGCAAGCAAGAACAUCAAAACUGUUGCAGAUGCCUUGGGCCGACACCGCGUGGUGAAUGAACUGCUCCCCUAUAUUGAAGAUUUGGUGAAUAUCCCGGCCAAUAUCAGCAUUGUUCCAAUGGUGUUUGACGCAACUGCGGCUGAGAUCCAGGGUGACGGGAUGAUGGUGACUCCUCCGACGAUUGCCACGAUAUCGGACGAAACAAAUGCAUUGCCGUACAUUGAUCACUUCAAGAAGUUAAGUUGUCUAGCGUUGUCGGAGUUGGCGUCGCUGCCUACGGGUCCGCAGGUCAUAAGUCGAUGCAUCCAGGCGAUGGGGUAUACGGAUGAGAUAAAGGGGAAUUUGGCGGUGGGUGUAAGCAUGUUGGUACCGGACCCGAUUCCGAUAUCGGAGUGCGGCCCGGUGUUGAAGAUCUUGUUGGCGAUCAGCAAGUCGGCAGACGUCGGGACUCGGGAGGCGGCGCUACGUGGAUUAGAGCGGAUCGCAGUGGCGUCAGGUGCAGAGUUGGUGGGAUCGCCGUUACUUGAGUUGAUGUUAGCACGAGCGGAACGAGACCUGGCGGGUGGGAGUCGUGCGAUGGAGGGUGCAGUGGAGAAGGCGGCUAACAUUCGCCUAAUCGCGCUGUUGCUGGGGUUGCUCUUCGACUUAAAGACGGAGCUGAAGCUGAACGCGGAUCUCACCAAAGAACUGAAUCCCGAAGUGAAGGGUGAAGUGAAGGGGGGAACGGAGCGUCCUGGAACGGAUCACAUAGGGAAGGGCACGGCGGCGGAGGAGGCGGUGGCGCGCGCAAAGAGUUUGUUGACGCGCCGUUGGUUCCGUUAUUUUGAGGAAGAGCCGGCGUACACGGUGGUGAAGCGUGAGUUAGGAGUGACGGCGCCGGUGUUGAUCGCAGGUUGGUUGCGAGACGAGGAGUUGGUGCAGGGGUACAUUGGACAAUUUGCUGAUAGUUGCCAAGACGCUCUGGAUGAAAAUGAUCUCGCCUUCACCUCCGUUGAACGCCUGCUUUGCCGCAUUCCCGACUUCUACUUCAAAAAGGAGCUGGUACCCGACGAUUGCCGAAUCGGAGUGCAAGUCCUCCUCACUCUUCUCGUGCACCUUUUCAACCGCCAUGUCCUUCCACACCUCGACGAACAGGACUUCGCGCGCCAUCACCCGACUCUCAGCGCACUGGCUGGAGCCGGAAAUGGAAGCGUCAGUGGGAGCGGAAACGGCGGUGGGAGUGGAGACGGCAGCGGAGCUGCCUCCUGCGCGCACUGCGAACAUUCCGCUGCCAGUGCCACGGCGGGGAGUGGCAGAGAUUUAUCCGGCGGCACAGUGCGCAGUGCGGCUUGUGCGCGGUGCGGCGCGGAAUGUGAGUUCCAGUGGCCCCGAGGGUCGCAUCCAUACCACGUGUUCGACUUGGGUCGCGUUGUGAGUGAGUUGCAAUUGCCGUUAAUCCGGCCGAGAUACACACGAGACAGUUCGUCACGUUCGAUUAGAGCGGGACGAUCACCCAAGUCGGAAAGCAGUGUGCGAGAUUACUGUUCAAUCGUGAGUCAGUGGGUGUGGAGUUACCUGAAGCGGUUGAAAGAGGUGGAGGGGAUCUUGAGGGUAUCUAUGGUCUCACUGUUACCGCUCCUUGUUGAUUUGGUGCUGAACUACUCCACUGUUGAAGACGCCCGAUGUUUCUUAGCUGAAGACGUCUUCGUUGUCGAUAACCCUUGCUACGCCGAACUGAUGCUACAUUGCCUCGCACUGAACGCCUUCUGUCUCGCACACAGCCCGGUCUCGCUCGUCAUGGCUUCUAAAACGCACGGACGCACCUCAGACUACAAACGCACUUACACGUACGAACUCAAAGGCCGCACCGGCCUCAAUCAACCACUCAUCGAACUACUCGUUGACCAAAUCAAAACCGGCUUCCAAUUCGACCUCAUGCAGUGCAAAUUGCAGGCGGCGAUGGUAUGUGUGCAGAUGCUUAUGUUGAUUAAGGAAGUGGCGGUUUACAACGAGCACCUCCGGCCGAUUUUAGUGGAGUGUCUGGCGGACCGGAACUGGCACAUCGUGGUGUCGACGGUGGGCGCAUUUCGCCUGCUGAGCGUCGAGUUGCCGUCGGCGCCCGGACCUUCCGAAUGGCGGAGGGGCGCGGACUUGUUCCCUUUUACGCGAGGUGUCUACGGCCAACGGACCCUGCUCCCGACGGGUGCGGCGGCGGCAAUAGCGGAGGCGCGACAUACAGUGAUCCCGAGGGUGCUUGAUUCGCUGCUUAUCCCGCACAUUUACGCGGGAUUGCAGUGUUGUUUGGAAGCCGUCUCCAUGUUCCAGCCUUGUCCCGAAAUCCAAUCGGUCCAAAUCUGUUGGUGGCGGGUUCGAGUCGCAGCUCUUCACGUGUUGGCCGAAAUUCCGCACGUUGAUGUUCUCCUCCAAACCACGGGCCUUGCUACUGCCGCAGACAACCCACGCCCUCUAAUCCAAGUACUCCAGGAGCGCCUCACCGAUUCCAUCGCAGCCGUGCGCAAAUGCGCGCCCGUCUGUAUCCUACGACUCGCCGAAAGACUCUGCUGCAACAUCCACCUCGCCCGUGGCCCUGAUGAACGCCUUGCCGAGACCCUGCUCGAACCUCUCCUCGUCUAUUCACCAGCGGCCACCACCGGACAAAAAGAAGCCCUCCUUGCACUCGCCGCCGAAGACCCCACCAAACUGCCCCCCGGCGCCAACCACAAGCUCGCCAACGCACUCGUCAAAGCCGUCAGUGAUACUCGCAUUUCGUAA